AAUCAAAGAGAAAUAAAGCCCUAUAUAAUGAUGAUGAAUCAAAAGAAAUAAACGUAAAUAAAGAGGUUACACUUACUCUUUGUUUUGUUAAUAUCAAUGUAAUUACCUCCUUAUACAUUCAUAAAAUAACGCCCUUUUCCGGAAAGGUAGACAGAGACUACAUCUUUCCACUUGCCACGAUCUCUGCAUACAAGCAACAUCAUGCAAGCUCGGAGCUUUCGGAUACCAGAACGUCCUUAAUUUAAUCAAGAUACAUUCGUAUAGGCCUUCUAACUCCGACCUUUCCCUCCACACUCUCCUUGUAUAUUUUAUUAGUCAAUCUGCUUUCAUUCAUCCACUCCACAUAACCAAACCGUCUUAACAAACCCUUUUCUAUUCCUGUUACUACAUCUUCUUUCACAUGACAACAUUCCUCCUUAUACGCGUAGCUAAUCCCAAAACUGAAAAUAACUAUAUGAAUCUCUCAUUUCUCGUAACUUGCUAGCCUAUGAAAAAAAUUCCUAUUAAGGUAGGGAGCCUUAUUUCAAGAAGAUUGGUUGAAUAGACAACGCGUGAAAAGAAAACAAACAAACAAACUUACUUUUGCAUUCAUAAUAGGAUUAUAUAAGUAGUUAGGUUUGUCCAGAAAGCGAGAUUGCUACUAUGUCUUAAAAAAGGAAUGUUAGGAGUACCCACCUGCCCGUAAUCGUUGAAUAUGCAUGAGAGUACCUAAUGAGUGUGAAGGAAGCGGGAGAGGUCUGUAGAGAUUGUAGCAAGUGGAAAUCCAUAGCCUCUGCCUACCCCAAUGGGAGACACGUGAUGGUAUGUACAUAAUUAUAUGUAUGAACAUUUUACAAAUACCUAAGAGUCAUCUUUAUUAAUAAUACGAAUAAAUUUACCUAGGUAGGUACAAUGUACAAUAUAGUUAUAUAUUAUUAAGUAAAGGUAGGUAUCUACCUUCGUAUAUUUUCUUCAUUCCAAUGAUAUCGCUUGCACGUAUCUCAACGUAGAUACUUUUGUUAUCUAUAGAUACAUAGGUAUACAUAAUAAGUCAUCACAAUAAUAAACACUUUAGUAUCAGAACAGUAUUGCAGUGAACAGUCGUGUCAUUAAAAUUUUACAUUACAAUUAUAUCACAACAAAACAAUGAAAGCAAAAAAAUAUGUCGUUCUAAAUCCUUUCGUGGGUGAACCAAAGAAAAGCGACUUCACAAUAGGGAUCGAAGAAAGUUUGCCUGCCUUACAAGAAAAUGAAUUCUUAGCCGAAGCGGUCUAUCUUAGUGUAGAUCCUUACCAAAGAUGGCAACGAGACUUAUCAUAUCCUUACGAUAUGAUAGGAGGACAGAUUGCUCGAGUAAUAGAAAGUAGAAACGACGCCUACCCUGUAGGCACAUGGGUAAUGGGUCACUUUGGUUGGCGAACUUAUACAGUCACGAAACCAGAUGAUGAGCGGUUUUCUGCCAAACUGCCAUAUUUGUAUCGAUUACCUGAUUUUGGCGACUUGCCAGUUUCAUUAGGUCUUGGGGUUUGUGGUAGAGUUGGCAACACAGCAUAUUUCGGACUUACGGAAUUUUGCAAACCUGAGCCAGGAGAGACGGUGGUGGUGUCAGGAGCUGCAGGCGCAGUGGGCUCUCACGUCGGCCAAAUCGCUAAAUUAUUUGGAUGUAGAGUCAUCGGAUUCGCAGGAACAGAUGAAAAGUGUGAAUGGUUGACCAAAGAACUAGGUUUUGACUUUGCUGCUAACUACAAAACAGUGGAUUUGGGAAAAUAUCUUGACCAAAACGCGCCGAAAGGCGUUGAUUGUUACUUUGAUAAUGUGGGUGGUGAAGUCAGUAGUAUUGUAAUGUCAAAAAUGAAUGAAUUUGGAAGAGUCGCCGUAUGCGGUUCCAUCUCUACAUACAAUGAAACUAAUCCAGAUAAAAUGAAAGCCACUGUACUUCAGCCUUUAAUUGUAGGAAAGCAACUUUCGAUUCAUGGAUUUCUUGUUAAUAGAUUUGCUGAUCGCACAAUCGAAGGCGUAUUACAAAACUUGAAAUGGAUACGAGAAGGGAAAAUAAAAUAUCGAGAAACUAUUGUACAUGGAUUCGAAAAUGCAAUCGAUGCAUUCAUUGGUUUAUUUAGAGGAAAUAACACAGGAAAAUCCCUUGUUAAAAUAAACUAAAGUUUACAACCAGCAAAAACUGUA